GUCUUCUUCCUUUCUUUUUUUUUUUUGUUCUUCAGGAGAACUGAAAAUAACCCCUUUUCCGUUCCCAAGCAAAAUCAAUCCGCGAUAGAGUUUCACCAUGAUCAGCAUUCUCACUCAGGAGCGUCUUCUUGGCGCCACUCUCGGUAGCGCCUUGACAGCUUUUGUCGUUUUAGAGCAGCGAAAGCUCAUCCAUGAAUCCGUCUCUGAUCGUCAGAAAUCUCAAUCCUUGGAUCAAUCCCAGGUGAGAGAUCGAAUAUUUGGGAAGAAAUAUCGCAUGGAAUUUGCAUCUCUGUGGAACAAAGCUGUGGAUCAGACCUUUGAACCUGCUAUUGAAUAUCUUAGCUCGCGUAAAUGGUAGAGUAUGGAUUGAAUACUCUGCUGAAAUGUGAAAACUUCGAACAAGAACUUGAGUGCGUUCGAUUGUUGUCUUGUUUCUUGGUUCUUAGAUACUAUGGAUUUGGAGAUGUAGACAUUUCAGUUGUGUGGCCUUAUCUGAAUACAACACACUGUUCUUGUUUCUUCUACUUUCUUGAGCAGAGGUUUUGUUGUGUUUUACUGAUAUUGUUAAUAAAGCUUCUUGUCGGUUUAUCUUAAUGAUCAAGAUCCUAAACUUACCA